UCCGCCUCACCCUGCUUUAUACUCGGCGCAGCCCUGUACUCACGCUCUCUUCGCUCAGCAUGGCAGACAGUUCAGUAAAGGUCACAACGUGAUGAUUGUGGGAUGUGAGGGCAUUCAAAUCUCUUGCAACUUCUACCGUAACAAGCUGAAGUACCUGUCUUUCCGGCGCAAAAGGAUAAACACAACCCCUCUUGUGGACCGUUCCACUUCAGGGCUCCCAGCAGGAUCUUCUGGAGAACAGUCAGAGUUCAUAAAAUGGUGGCUGUGAGAUGUGAUGGCAUCCAAAUCUCUGGCUACUUCUACUGCAACAAGAUGAAGUACCGAUCUUUACUGCUUAAGAAGAUGAACACCAACCCCUCUAGUGGACCGUACCACUUCAGCACUCCCAGCCAGAGCAUCUGGAGGACAGUCAGAGGCAUGUUGCCCCACAAGACCAAGAGAGGGCAGGCUGCUCUGGAGAGGCUGAAGGUGUUUGAUGGUGUCCCCCCACCCUAUGACAAGAGGAAGCGUAUGGUCGUCCCAGCUGCUCUGAAGAUUGUGCGGCUGAAGCCCACCUUCAAGAGUACACCCACAUCCGUCUGGCACAUUAGGUCAACUGGAAGUACCAGGCCAUCACAGCCACACUGGAGAAAAGAGAAUGCCAAGCUCAGCUACACCUAAUACAAUGGUCACGCAGGCGGAAAAGUGUCAAGGGCCAGAUUGCAGCAUACACAGCCGUUCUGAAAAAGUAUGGGGUCCUUUGCUGAACUGGGAGACGAGGACAGUGGCUUUCGGUGUUUUCUAAUGAGAGUCCAACAGCACCUCAAGGACGAAAUUCUCCACAAAAAGGAGAUCAAAUGUCUGCAGUGUGAGAUUGACAGUCACAAGGGAAAGAUGAGGAAGCUGAAGCAUGAUGACUGACUUCCCUCUCACUGACAGACAACUUAAGCAAUAACUUGGUUUGCAACUGUAAAUGCUUGAAAGUUAUUAAAGCUGUUCAAAAAAUGUUUUCAAUUGCAUGCAGAGAUUUAUUCUUUGGAUCAACCUUAACACUGAAACACUUGAAAUGUUAACAUCAAUGCAUCUUGUGUGCUGUGAAUAAAUUUGAAAUAUCAACA